AUGGCGACAACGAGUCCGAUUCGGCCGACAGACAAAGAUGCAAAUGGCCAUUUAUCGUCUUGCUGUCGGACCGGGAACGGGAACGGGAACGACCAAAAGGGCGCCUGCACUGCUUGGCCAGAGAACAUCUCCACCGUUUUGGAGGCCAUCAAGAAGCACCGGCAGCACCAUCAUCUGAAACUUAGCGGCGCCGACGACGACGAUGAGGACCAGGACAAGGCUGACGACUAUAAGGCCGAAUUCUGCACCAAAAUACAGCUGCCUCUCGAUCCAGCGGAACAUGAGCUGCUGAUGCAGAUGCUGCAGUUGAGUCCUACUGCUAUCGAGGACCUCGAGGACCUUGAGGAGGAGGAGGCGGAUCUUCUCACAGCUACAGCUACAGCCACAACGCCAGAUCAGAUGAUGGAGUACAGGGAGCAGCUAUGCCAGAAGCAGAAGCUAGAACUAGGCCUACACAGCAUUGUGCAUAUAACCGAGCAGUCGAUCCCCGGCGGCAGUGCACGGCCCGAUGUACAAGUCGGAUGGCGGUGGCAGGCGCCAAAACCGCUGGUUCUGGAGGUAGACUUCUCAAGCAAGACAGAGCUGGACCAGGCAAAAGAUUACAUCCUUGGAACAAAUGGUCGGAUCCGUACUGUCAUCGUCCUCAAUUGUGCUUACCACAAUCUCCGUGAACGGCUGCGCCUACUCAGUAGCCACGGCAUCAAGGAGGACACCAUCGACAAGCCCACCUUCAAAGAUCUCACCGUGACGAUCCUGCGCGCCACUACCGUCGAAGCAGUCGCUGCUGAGGCCCCCUCGACCAGCUCACAACCUCAGGUCCGCAACAGCGCCAGUGGCAAUCCCCGGGGCAAUCCCCGUCCCCAUCUCGAAGCGGUCCUCUCGGCCCACCGGGUCCCCGUCACACCCGCGCCGCCGACUUCUGCCGCCUGCCUCGGCCUCGGCCUGACCCUACACGACUUCGACGAGCGUCUCCCACGCCAUGUCCCCGUACAUGUCCCCCUGGGCGACAUCUACGUGCUCGCGGAGGUGGCUGCGGCUCAUCAAGAUCUUGAAGAUGCCCAGGAGGCUUUUGCCAGGGCCAACGCGGCGGCGCACCACGGCCGCAACGCCGAGGACCACCAGAACAAGACUAAGCUCAAGAACGGCAAACAUGCGGCUGCUGCUGCUGCUGCUGCUGUUGUGCAACAGAAGACGGCCGCGCUGCAGACUGCAUCGAACGCCGCGGAUGCCGCCAUGCACAACCACAAGCAGAAGAGAGGAGCGGGUAGCGAUAAUAUGUUCGUCGGCCGCGGUCUCGGUCUCGGUCUCAGUCUUGGUCCUCAUGAUGGCUGGAAGAGGUUCUACAGCGACUGGGCGGCGGUGCCGGGCCGCGGCGCAACACGGCUGCCACCGCGCAUUGCAUACGGCCCCUGCCUUGUUCGCCCUGGUCCUGGGCCUGCUCCUGGGCCUGGUCCUGUCGAUUGUCGUGGUGUCAUGGCGCGACGCCUUGCAGGAUGGCUGAGCGGCUUGGUGUUUCGGCGGCGUUUCUGA